AUCAUUAUUUUCUUUAUUUUCUGUUGUUUUUUUAUACUUACAUUCUUAUAAUAACAUUUAUAUUACUUACGUACCCGCGUAUACUAUGUUACACACAUGUAUUAGAAGUACAAUUGUUAAGGAAUAAUAAUAUUGUUACAUAUGUGCGUCUAAUAUGCAUGGCAACACUUUAUAUUUUAUUAUUUACAAUUAUUAUACCUGUAUAAUAUAAUAAUAAUAAAUAUAUAUAUAUUUAUAUUUUAAUUUACCCACAAAAAAAUAAUGUAUUUCAUUUUUUUUUUUCACAGUAAACAAUAAUUUAAUUAAGUUACAAGAAAAUUUUAAUUCAGAUAGAAAGAGGCAAAAACAUUUUUUAUAUAUAUUUAAAAAAUCAAAUACAAUUUACUAAAAAUAUAAUCACUUAAUAAUUUAUAAUAACGAUAGAUAAUAAUGAAAAAUAAUAAAGAGAAUUGAAAAAACUUUAUUUAAAAAAUAAAUAAAGUGAUAGCACACCACAAAUAAUAAUAAAUAAAGUGAGUCGAAGAAGAAGAAAUAGAAGAAGAAGAAGAAGUGAGUGUGAUAAUUACGUUAACACAAUUAAGUAUACAUUCGAAAAUCAUAAUUAAAUAAAAAACAUAAAAUCACAAAAUAUACAGAAAACUUAAGAAAAUUUAAAAAGAAAUUUUCUUUUAAUAAAAAAAAAAAGUGGAAAAAUUGCCAAAAUUAAAAAAAAAUCCAACGACUUUCAAAGUGAUUUUUAUGUUUUUUCUUUUUAUUAUUAAGUAUACAAAAUUUUACGGUAUAUAAACUCAAUAUAACGGUUUCUUUCUAUUAUUUAACAGUUAAAUAUAAGUUUAGACAAAAAAAAAAAGAGAAAAAAGUUGAACAAAAAAAAAAGUGAUGGUACCAAGCUUAUUUCAUUAUUCAUAAAAAUAUUUCAUUGUUCGUAUUGUUAUUUUCUUUAAUUUUCACUACUAUAUUAUGUACUAGAGUACUAAAAACAACAACAACAUACAAUUACAAUCAUCAUUACUUCAUACAACUACCUACAUUUAUAGGUAUACGUUUUACUUACCAACUAUCACCGAGACUAUUGUGAAUUUCGAAUGAAUGAUUUUUAAAUUUUCAUUACAAUAUUUUUUUUUGGAAAUUUGUUAUUUAAAGCUACUAUUGUACUUUAAAAAAAGAAUAAAACUGAGAAAAAAAAACAACAAAACUAGAAAAACGUUACUUUGAACUUUCAACUAGAAAUUUAAGAACUAGAUACAUUGGACUUAUACCAUAGGAAACAAAACAAAAAAAUGAGGUUUCUCUAACAGAAAAAAAAAAUCAGCAGAACGAGAAAAAAACUAAAAUCAACAUUGAGUUCGAUAGCUUUUAUGUGUUUAAAAUAUAUUUAGUAAUGCAAAAGAUAUAGAAGAAAAUAAUUUUUAAAUUAUUAUGAUUCUACAAUAUAAUCAUAGAUUAAAUCAGGAGAAAAUGGAUAUGACACAAAAUGAAAUAGAUAAAACCGUAAAUUUUAUAAAAAAUAAUAGUGAAAAUCAAAAUUUAUGUGCAAAAGAAGAACGAAGUCACUUUUUAAUACCAAACACGAUACCAUCACAAUGUGUUGGAGAAACAAAAUAUAAAAUAAAACAAAAUCGUGAAACAAAGUGUAAAACAAAUCGUUUGAAAUGUAAAGAUUUUAAUGAUAUUAUAUCCUGUUACAUAUGCAAGGGUUAUUUAAUUAAUCCAACAACAAUAACAAUUGAAAAUUGUUUUCAUUCAUUUUGUCGAUCAUGUAUUGUAAACCAUAUUUUAAAUUUAUCAGACAGAGCAUUUUGCCCAAAAUGUGGAAAAGGAUCAAAACCAAUAAAAUUUUUAAAUUUAAAAAGUGAUGAAACUCUUAAGUCGAUAGUAUAUAAAUUAAUACCUGGGCUGCAUCAUAAAGAAAUAAAACGUUGUCUAAAUUUCAAUACAGACAAAAAUAUUGUAAAAUCGCAUGAUUUACGAGAAUUAGAAGAUGAAGACUUUUAUGCGCCAGGAGAACCAAUUAGUUUAUCUCUGGAAUAUCAUCCGAAAGCACUAGGAAAAGAUAUCUCUAAAGAUUUAUUACCACCAAUUAGAUAUUUGCAGUGUCCAGCGGCUUUAACAAUACAUCAUUUAGCUCGAUUUUUAUGUACUAAAUUUGAUAUAAAUAUUGAAAACCAAAGAGUAAAUAUUGAAAUUAUUUAUGAAGAUGAAAUCUUAUCUAAUGAUUUCACACUAAUGGAUGUAUGCUAUUGUUAUAAAUGGAAUAGAUUGGCUCCAAUGAAAUUUUAUUAUCAAAUACUUGUUUAUAAUGAAAGAAAAGACGUUAGUCAAAUUGAAAAGAAUAUUGUUAAUAGAAUAAAUGACAAAGAUACUGAGGCUAAAUAUAGUAAAACAAAUGAGGCUGUUGCUAAAAAAUCUGUUAAAUUUAAGAGUGUCGAAGGAAAGGCUGUUGAAAAUAAAUUCAUUAAUAAUAGAACAUUAGUAUCAAAUACGGAAACUAAAUGUAAAAUAAUAAGUGAUAAAGAGAAAAGUUUCAAUUUUAUUGAUAACGAAUCCGAAUAUAAAAAUGAAAUUGAAAAUGAUAAAACGAACUUUAAAAAUAACAAUAUAAGUAAAAAUUAUAUAAAUAAUAACAAUAAUACAGUUUUAACUAAUAAUAAUAACAAUAAUAAUAACAUUGAUGAUAGUAUCUUAAAGGAAAAAAUCAAAAAACCACUAAAUAAUAAUACACUAGAUAAUAAUUAUAAGGAAUUGGAAGAUAUUAAAACUAUUCGUAAUGAUAAUGAAAUUGUAAAAGAUAAAGAAGAGGCUGAAUUAUUUAAGAGUUCUAAACAAGAAGAAUCGGAUGAAAAUCCAUUAAAAAAUUCAACAAAUUCAGUUGCCAAUAAUGAUUUCAAGAGUCUCAGAAGUAAUAACGAGUUUCAGUCACAAACUCAAUUGAGUUUAAAUUCAACAGUAAUAAAAAAUAAAACAACAAGUCCAAAAUUAAAAGAAAAAACUAAUAAGAUAAGUUCUAUUGAAGCAAAUCAUCAAAAAUUAGUGUCAAAAUGUGAUAUUGUGGUUAGUAUACCACAAAAUCAUAUACACAGAGCUUCAAAUUCAUCAGAUGAUAGCUUUGAAAAUUUGUCUUUAGCCCAAUUGAAAACGGCAAACAAAAAGAAUUCCAAUGCAAUUAGUCCCAGAGAAAUAAGUUAUAAUCAAAAAUUGUCAGAAGCUUUAAAUAAUUGUGAACAAGAGAAUCAAAAUUCUAAGUUAUUAAAAAACAAAGAAAAAGAUAAAUUAACAAUUCGAAAUGAAAACGAAUCGGAGGAAAUUGAGAAAGAGAAAGAAGAUGAAAAAGAGAAGGACGAAAGCAAUAAAAAAUAUGAUCCUCUAAAGGUGAAAAUUGAAAAAAAUAGUUUUAAAACUAAAUUAACAUUAUCGUCAAAGAAACCUACAACAGCAAAUGAAAAGCCUGAUACUAAAAAAUUUAGUAAAAUUGAAAGAAAAUUUAGUACUGAAGAUGUACUUCCUAAUUCAAAUGAAGUCGAUCUAACAACAUAUGCCAAAGUUAUUGGACUUAAGCCAAUUAAGCCUAUUAAUGAAGAGAAAAAAGAACUCAUUAUGAAACAAAGUCCAGAUGCGUCACCUGCUUCGGCUACAUCUUCAUGUUCAUCUACUGCGUCAUUCAAUUUUCUGUCUGAAGUUAGUUCGAGUUCUUCACAUAAAAAACGAAAAAAAGCUAAACAUAAUAAAGAAUUGAAGAAGAGAAAACUUCAUGCAGAAAUUGCAUCUGAAUCUGUUGAUCAACCAGAAGGCAUAAAAUUAAAGGUGAAAAUUACGCCAAGUCAUAAAUCGCACAAGAAUGAGAAAAAACCUAUUAAUAACGAUAGUUUAAAUGAAAUUGAAACACAAAAUAAAAUUAAAGAUUCAACUGAUUCGACAGCGAUUCCCGAAAAAUCUCCUGAAGUAAUAGAUAACGAUUCCAAAACAAGCGAAAAAAUUAAUUCUGAAAAUAAACCAGAGGUUAUUGAAAUUGAACAACCUAAGGUAAAUGAAACCAAUCAUAUUCCUACAACAAAUGAAAUUAUGGAGGAAAAAAUUAAGUCUGAAGAACAAAAUAUUGCUAAACCUCAUCAAUUUGUCAAUAGUAAUAAAACAAAAAAACAAAAUUUUAUUCCAAAAACUAUAGUCUCUGCUAAUUCACAUCUUAAAUUUCCAUCAUCUUUAAAUAAUACAUUAAUCAAAAGUUCCCAGCUUUCUUCUCCACAAACCGGCAAUUGUUUAAAACAAACUACACAAAAGGUUUCAGCUACUUCACAAGAUUCGAAACUUCCAAUUUCUCCACCAUUGCCACCAAGUCUUUUCAAAACAACAACUUUAAAUUUACCCAAACAUAAUUUGAACGUGAAUGCAGUAAACACACAAAAAAAUAUUUCAUUGCCUCAUCGGCAAUCUAUGAGCCAACAUCAACAAAUGGCUAUGAAUCACAUGAACCGAAUAACGAGUAAGAAUUCUUCUAGAAACGGGACCGCAGCGAAUUUUAUUGUACCUAAUCCUCCUCGCGGAAUUGUGAGUAAUGCAGCUAAACAUUUUCCUAUCGGCUCUAUAGCAAGUCAACAGCAUCGUCAAGCAGCACAAUUAAAACGUUCUGCGAGCUUAGAUAGUUCGCCACCCACUUUUGCUAAACAAUUAAAACUUGAACAAGAUCGCCUGAUUCGAAAAUCAGCGUAUGCUUCAAAGCUAACCAAUCCUACAUUGUCAAUUGCCAAUAAUUUACAAGCAAAUCAACAAAAUGUUUUAUUACCAGUAACUACACAACAAAUUAUCAAUCGUAAUAGUCCAACUGCGGUGGUUUUCAGUUCUGUUCCGACAAAUAAAUCCCAACAAGAGCAAAUAUUUUAUACAACAGCAAUGGGCACAUCUUAUACACACGAAAAUGCUUCAAAGAAAUCUGUUCCUAUUCUUUUACCACCAUCUUCAAUCAGUGUUACUAAAAUGGUUGACACAUUUCCCAAUUCAAUAAUUACUUCACCAUCUGGCUUAACAAUCACACCACAAGAUCAACAGCCACCAGCGUUUCAGUAUCAGAAUACUAAUAAACCAGCUUUAGAAAUAGUAAGAAUCCAAUCGAAUAUCCCUCCAAUUGAUCAGCAAACAUUUCCAAUUACAAAUAAUAAUACCGUAAAACAGACAGCAAAUAAAGCAUCGAGACCUCCACCGCCACCAAUUCCUUUAAAAAUUAAAAAACCUACAAAUCAAAGUCCACCUACACAACCGACAAUAUCGAAUGUUCCACCAUCUAUACCACAAAAUGCUCAACUUGUAAACAUAAAUCAAAUGAAUUCGAAUAAAACAGAAAAUACAGAAAACAAACCUAUUGAAAUAUUAGAUCUAUCAGGAAAGUCUCGAAGCCCAUCAAGAGAAAAAUCUUCCUCCCCAGAAGUACAAACGGCUACACAGGAUAUUUUACAAAACAAUGCAGUAAAUUUAGAAGCUGCAAUUACUCAAUUACUACAACAACAAAAUCAUGUAACGAGCUCUUCUAAUUUGAUUUCACAACCAAAUAAAUCACCAAAUCAAGAUGAAAAUGUUGGUUUACAAAAUUUACAAAUGUUAUCAGAAUCAGCUACAAAUCGUGAAAAACUUGCUGUUAAAACAAAUAGAGCAGUACCAUUACUUUCAAAAUUGGAUGUAGGUAAAAUAAGAGCAAGUGCAAAUGUUCGACAACAGAAUGCUUCUAUACGAAAUAUACCAAAUCCAUCGGCAUUAGCUUUUCGUGGUAACCAACAACCACCAUUACCGAUGUUAGCAAAUAUUUCAAAAAUUACACAACAAAAACUAAAUAUAAAUGUAAAUGAGAAUAUUCCUAAAACACAAGCACUCAGUUCUAAUAUAAAUACAACAACUAUGUCACCGACAACAACAACAACUAGUGCAGAUUCUUCAAAAGUUAUUGCUUCAAAGAAAAAUUUAGAACAAUUAGCACAAAAUUUAGCACAAAAUGCUCUCAAUAAUCUAAAAACUAAUGCAACAAAUUCUAAUACAAUAAAUUCUUUAGUAACAUCAACAACAACAGAGAAUAAAAGUAAUUCGGUUUCAUCUAGUAACUUUAAUGUAUCGUCAAGUUCACAAUCUGUUAGCACAAAUAUAGUAUAAUGGACAGAAAAUGAAACAAUUGUGCAAGUUGAGAAACUGAAUCAAAUAGGUUAAAAAAGGUCAGUAAAUUCAGAACGAUAUCUAAAAUAUUAUAUUGGUAAAAGAAAAUUUUGUCAUAAUAAUUUAAGAACCUUUACAUUGGAAUUAUAGAAAAACUGUAUGCAAUACACAAUUCAGCAAUUAGUGAUUUUAAGCUGAACUGUUUAUUAACAUAUAGUUCAGAAUUUAAUGCUUAGAAGCUGAAUUGCAUAAUAAUACAGUAUUUUUGAUUUCACGAGAAUUUACUUUUUUUUAC